CCUCAGCGCACAAGAGAGUUGCUUGCCGGUUGAUUGCAGUUGCCCGUUGUUGUUGUUUUUAACGCUCAUCGGACUCCUUUUCACGUAACCACUGUGGCUCCCCUCACGAUCACCAGGGCGCUCAGCGCCUCUCUAUCCCUCGACCUUUAUGACGAAAUGGCAGUCAAGACCAAUCGCUCUUCAGAAGAAAGGAAACAAAGUCGCUUCCGCGGCUCGUGCUUUUGGGGGAAACCGGAAGAGGGCCUUUCCUGAGUUGUCGCUUGUGCGCGAGGUUUUGCUUUUUUUUUCCUUUUCUUUUUCCGCGUGGAGUUCGGUCAGUUUCCUUGACUGUGGAAGGAUCGCCAUGGAGGCGUCUCCGCGGUCCUCUUCUCCCCAUGUCAUCUGCGAGGGAGACUGGGCUGUUCUGAAGCGGGAGGACGUGUUCAAAGCGGUCGCCGUAGUGAAGCGACGAAAAAUUGUUUUUGAAAAACAGUGGUUCUGCUUAGAUAAUGCCAUUGGUCAUGUUUAUGGAACAUCAUUUGAAGUGACUAGUGGUGGUAGUCUUCAGCCAAAGCGGACAUUAGAAGAGAUGAAUCCAGAAACAAAAGAAGCAGGUACAGAUAAUCGUAAUAUAAUCGAUGAUGGAAAAUCUCAAAAACUGACUCAUGAUGAUAUAAAGGCUUUGAAGGAUAAAGGCAUUAAAGGACAGGAAAUAGUUCAACAAUUAAUAGAGAAUAGCACCACAUUUAGAGACAAAACAGAAUUUGCCCAAGAUAAAUACAUCAAAAAAAAGAAAAAGAAAUAUGAGGCAGUUAUUACCAUCAUAAAGCCAUCUACUCGUAUACUGUCAACAAUGUACUAUGCAAGAGAACCAGGAAAGAUCAACUAUUUGCGGUAUGAUACUCUAGCCCAGAUGUUAACUUGGGGAAAUGUUCACGCUGGCAACAAGAUGAUAGUAAUGGAAACCUGUGCAGGACUGGUGCUAGGAGCUGUAAUGGAACGAAUGGGAGGUUAUGGAUCGAUUGUUCAGAUAUAUCCAGGAGAAGGACCUGUUAGAGCAGCCACAAGUUGUUUUGGAUUUCCUAAAACCUUUUUUGACACACUCUCUGAGUUCCCCCUCAGCAAAGUGGCCAGCUUUCUCUCUGGAACAUUUUCUUUAACAUCGUUGCCUUCAGAGUCUGAAGAGAACACACCACUGGCAGAAGACAAAAAUGGUUCAGGGGAUGACAAGGAACUUUCUAGACCAGAAGUAGACAUAGAAUGCAGUCCUAAGGUAGCUAUGGAGAGCGGUCAGCCUGAAGAUCAAGAAAUGGUGGAAUUUACAUCGGAGGCACUUGAUGAUAAAGCCAAGGGGACAACACAUGACAAACAAAAGAAACAAGAGGAAAAGAAGAGAAAGCUGAUAGAAGCUGCUGCUUUGUUGAAAAACAAGGAUGCUGAUGGUUUAAUUGUUGCCAGUCGAUUUCAUCCAGCAAGUUUAUUGCUUCUCUUAUUAGAGCUGGUAGCUCCUUCAAGGCCUUUUGUUGUCUACUGUCAAUAUAAAGAGCCACUACUGGAAUGUUACGCAAAACUGAGAGAGAAAGGUGGUGUCAUUAAUCUGAAACUUUCUGAAACAUGGCUACGAAACUAUCAGAUCUUGCCAGAUCGAAGUCAUCCCAAAUUGAUAAUGAGUGGUGGUGGUGGGUACCUACUGACAGGUAUCACGGUUAAAAAUGAAAGCAUAAAUACCAGUGACUGCUUAGACGAGCCAUCUUCUAAAAAGCGUAAGCUUCAAGAGCACCAUUAAUGCUUCAAGAAAUUAUUCUUGUGUUCUAUUAUUAAUUGUACUUAAAGGCACAGCGGAAUGCACUUUGUUCUUUUCUAAAUCGGUCAGAUUCAGCCAAAUAUUUUUAUUGCCAAUGUCAUUCCAGACUCAGGUAGUCGCCAUAACAUAAUGGAGUUUUAUUUUAGAAGGUUAUGAUUAAGAAUCGGUCUUCCUGGAAAUGUUGCAAAAAUUGACUGAAAGCCCAACUUGGUUGUGUUUCAGAAUUUUAUUUUCAAUUCAAAAACCAUGUUCUCAUUAAUCCCAUUUCCAUUUCUGUUAAAAUCAAGGAGGUUUUUUUUUUAAACUAAGUGAAAUAAUUGUACUAUUAUCAGUGAGAGAGGCAAGACUGAUGCUAGACUAUUGCACAUUUUAACCAUUCUGAAUUUCAAAAAAAGUAAACAUCACAUAUUACUUCAGAAAUGUGAAAGUAGUGCUAGUCUGUUUUCACUUAACAUUUCUUAAAAAAGAAAAGAAAAACUGGUUUCCAUCUUUUUAACAUGUGAUAACUUUUUAUGUGGAGUUUUUAAUCUGUAAAUCUGCAUUUCAAUAAAUUAUAUUAUUUUGUAGUA